ACGGUCCUUGAGUAUCGUGAUCCCUCUCCCGUUAGCUAGCUAACCCUGCCCGAGCAGCAGCUGUGCCAUGUGCCGCAGCACUGCCGACGGCAGAUCACAGUAGAAAACGGGACUUUGUGUGAAAUAAAUGAAACGCUCGCUGUAUAUUUAGGUCGGGCUCUUCUUCUUAUUGCACGUCUACUCGUUUGACGACCCGUUGCUGUCACGUUCCCCCGUUGAGCUAGCUAAGAAGCGAUGUGACAAAGCUAGCUCCCUCACUAGCUAGCGUUAGCUCGCCUCAAGGGCUAACGUUACAGAUAACAAUGACAAGUACAACACUGGCCCAGAUUGGCCUAGGAGGUCAACGAGCAGCCUAUAAUUAAACGUGAGCGAACGGCUUAUGUAGUCAAAAAAACGUGGCGUUAAAUUGUUAUGGAAGAUACUGAAGAUGUGGUUGAUUUUCACUAGUGUCGCCUAAAUUAAUUUAGCGUAAACGUUGAUGUUACUAGAGUAAGCAGACGCUAGUUUAACAAUCCACUAUUUGUGGUGUUGCAUUAUCAUGCAUUUCACUUUAAAGACUAAAUCUAUCUCAAACAACAAUUUAAGUCAUCAACUUGAAAUCGUAAACUUUCCAUACUGUUAAUAAUACAAUCACGUUAUGUUAUUUGCACGCAACAAUCUAACUGAAUUAAAAUAAUCAAAAGUCUGUUGUUUUGUAUUUCCUUCUUUACAAAACACUCAUUAAAUGCACAAGUUAAAAUAAACUGGACACAUUUGGAACGUUAAUUAGAAAAUGUUUACAAGCAAUUAAUUUAGUUAAUCGAGGGAAGGUGUGCGAAUCACAGACACUGUGCACACCUUCACUCUCAGGUUACACUUAGUCCCACCUGUCAGUUUAACCAGUCUUAAUGUAUGACCGUAUUUCAUCUGCCAGUGGGAAUAAAAACACACACACAAAUAUUUAAUGUCACAUGUUUUCAAAUCUUUAAAAUUAUUACUACGACAUGUAAUGACAGUACUUAGAAAUCCGUUCAUCGGCUUCCUAUGAAAGUAUUUUUUAAAUCUGAAGUAUAUGGCUCAAUAUCAAUUUUCUGUGUUUUUCAUUCAAAGUCCAUCCUUUGUUUUGGAGAUGACUGCAUGCUCUAGAUGCCUCGCAUCAAUACAAAGUAUGCAGUUUCAAGAGUCCCUGAAGACAGUGGUUGAGGCAGCUGUGGUUGGAGUUACCGUGCUCAGCCUGUGUGAAAAGGGAGAUGCCUUCAUUAUGGCAGAAACUGGGAAGAUCUUCAAGAAGGAAAAAGACAUGAAGAAAGGUAUUGCUUUUCCUACUUGUGUGUCAGUGAACAACUGUGUUUGCCACCACUCUCCUCUGAAGAGUGAUGCUAAUGUCAUGCUGAAGGAUGGGGACCUUGUCAAAAUUGAUCUGGGUGUGCACGUUGAUGGCUUCAUCUCAAAUGUGGCUCACACCUUAGUUGUUGGCGUGACCAAGGACAACCCACUGACCGGACGGAAGGCUGAUGUUAUCAAAGCCGCUCACCUCUGCGCUGAAGCUGCUCUGCGUCUUGUUAAGCCAGGAAAUCAGAACUCAAAGGUCACAGAAGCCUGGAACAAGAUUGCAAAGUCAUUCAAGUGCUCCCCUAUUGAAGGCAUGCUCUCCCAUCAGCUCAAACAACAUGUGAUCGAUGGGGAGAAAACUAUCAUCCAAAACCCAACAGAUCAGCAAAAAAAGGACCAUGAUAAGGCUGAGUUUGAGGUGCAUGAAGUAUAUGCAGUGGAUGUGCUAAUCAGCACUGGAGAGGGCAAGGCAAAGGAUGGCGGUCAGAGGACCACCGUUUACAAACGAGACCCCAACAAGGUUUACGGCUUAAAGAUGAAGACAUCUCGCACAUUCUUUAGUGAGAUGGAGAGGCGUUUCCAUACAAUGCCUUUCACUCUGAGAGCAUUUGAGGAUGAAGGCAAGGCCAGGUUAGGUGUGGUUGAGUGUGCCAAACAUGAGCUGCUGCAGCCAUUCAAUGUGCUGCAUGAGAAAGAGGGUGAAAUUGUUGCCCAGUUUAAGUUCACCGUGUUGCUCAUGGCCAAUGGACCGCUGCGAAUCACAAACAGCCUCUUUGAGCCUGAGCUCUACAAGUCUGAGCAUGACGUGGAGGACCCAGAGUUGAAGGCUUUGCUUCUAACCUCAGCCAGCCGUAAGACUCAGAAGAAGAAGAAAAAGAAGGCCACAAAGGCUAUUGAGAGUGCAACCAGACAGGCAAUGGACACUGAAGCUGCAGAAUAGAUUUCUCUGACAGACAUCUGAAGACCCAAAGAACAGACGCCACGAAUCCUUCUGUCCCAGCUGUCUGAGGCUCUUGCGGGCAUAGCCGCUGUGAAUACCUCUGAAUCUAAAUGAUGUCAUUCUGGGAUGAUGCUGCUCCUAAAUUCUGUCACGCCACCUAUACUACACACACACAAACACGUACAUCUCUAAUAAAUCUCAUUGCUUUUGAGACAGUUUUUGUCUUCUCUUGACAGGAGACAAAAAUUCUGCUACAAAAGAGGAAAUUAUGAAUUUGUUUGACCUUCAGCCUUUGUACCUGAAAGAUAUUGGAAAAUAAAAUGGAUUUGACAGAGCGGCCAAGGAUGACAAAAGGCACAAUACUGUGUUGGCCUAAUGGUGUGGCAUUAAGAUAACUCAACAUUGUCAUUAUAAUGAAGCCACGCCUUUUUUAAAUGAGUUUUAACUGGUCAUGGUCAGAAAUGUGAAACGCCUGUCUUGAACCUUGAAGUUACAAGCAUCACAUUGGUCAUUAUUACUGUUGUAUUCAGCAUAAUUACUGCAUUUAUACAGCUCUUUUAGUUCUGUCUGCUAGUACAUUGUGUGUACUUCUAGGAAUAUACUGUAGGUAACUGCUAACAAUUAGUAAAACGGACUAUUUUAGACCUAGUUGAGUAAUUUAAAUGGCAAACAAUAAUUUCUUAGUUGUGGAUGGCCGAACUCCUGCCAAGGAUUGAGCGUUCAGGCUUCUGGUGCCACCAUCAAGUCUGACAGUCUGUGUUUACAGAAGAAUUCCAUACCUGUUAAAUGUAUGGAUGCUUUUGUAAAACAAAUCCCAGUUUCAGAGACUAUUUUUGGAAACAUUAAAAAGCCACUUGACAUCA